AUGGCCACCCUCUACAGCCUCCUCCUCACACCAUCCCUGAUAUGUACCAUUCUUCUCCUUCUCUCUCUCCUCUCUCUCACCUCCUCCCACACCAUUCAUGACCUACUCAAAAGCAGAGGCUUACCUGCAGGACUCUUCCCAAAGAAUGUAAAAUCAUAUGAUCUUGAUAAGAAUGGUCACCUCCAAGUGUAUUUGGAUCAGCCAUGCGUGGCAAAGUUUGAGACCAGGGUGUUUUUUGAUAAUGUUGUGAGAGCUAAUCUCAGCUAUGGUGGGCUCAUUGGUGUGGAGGGUCUGUCUCAGGAAGAGCUGUUUCUUUGGUUACCAGUUAAGGAUAUCAUAGUCUAUGAUCCGUCUUCUGGGCUCAUUAUGUUUGACAUUGGUCUUGCUUACAAACAGCUUUCUCUCUCUCUCUUUGAAGACCCUCCUGUUUGUAAUCCUCAGGGUUUUUCGUUGGAGGAGAAUGGAAGGAAGGAGUUGGGUAUUCAAGUUCAGAGAUAA